GCUAUACCCUGUUGGAAGAGUGCAACCUCCUGGUGACGUUACGGGUUGCACGGAUGUGGAGAUCUGUGUUCAGUGGCACUUUGUAGCCUAACUAAACGGGAAUUCCAGUAUUUAAGAAACUUUAAAAAAGGGAGUUCUGAGCAAAGUUCAACAGAGUGAUAACAAGUGUGCAACAACAUUGAACUUUGUACAAACUGCUGACACAUGGAAGAGUAUUAAGACAAUCAAGAAGAAAAGCCUGGUGUGCUGACUGGUUUGGAACUCCUGGAUUAAUCAGAUUAGUUUCUGUUCAGAUAUUAAACCAUCAGAGGUUUGUCUUCUAACUGACGCUAUGUCAAGUACUGAAGGGAAGAGAAGGCAAUACAAGAUGCCUGUUUGGGUGCUCUGUGUUUUGUUCCUGCUGUCUGAAUCCCCCACACCCAGCACCAGCCAGCUCUGCUCCACUGAAAAGAUUGAGAACAUGAUCAUUGAUAUUGAGUCUGCACUUCAGUACGGGGUGAGGGGCACAGAGCCCAUUUACUCCUCAAUGGAAGACCACUGUAUUAAUCUCUGCUGUGCUAAGGAACCAAUUGAAGGUCAGAAGACAUGCAACUUUGUGAUAUUUGACAAGAUGAAGACAGCCGGUCAUCCAAACUGCUAUAUGUUUAACUGUCCUCUGAGUGCUGGAGCCUGUCCAAUGAAGCCUUCUGAAGGGAUGAACAGCUAUAAAAUAAUACAGGACUUUCCACCAGGAGCACAAGAUAGUAAGAAGAAUGUUACUAGUGAACUCUCUGAGGUGAUCAAUGUGAUAGAUACACAUCUGAACAUGGAUAAAAGGAACCAAGCAGAACAAGAAAAUGUGAAGAGAGAAAACAUACCUGGAUCGGUAGGGGGAGUUGGACCAGGUGGGGAUGAUGGACCACCAGGAAGCAAUGAACCACUAUGGAGAGAAGGACCACUAGGGAAAGAAGGACCAGGAGGGGAAGAUGGACCUUUAGGGGGAGUUGGACCAGGAGGGGAUGAUGGACAUUUAAGGGGAGUUGGACCAGGCGGGGUUGAUGGACCACUAGGAAGCAAUGGACCACUAUGGAGAGAAGGACCACUAGGGAAAGAAGGACCAGGAGGGGACGAUGGACCUUUAGGGGGAGUUGGACCAGGAGGGGAUGAUGGACCACUAAGAAGCAAUGGACCACUAGGGAGAGAAGGACCAGGAGGAGAUGAUGGAUCUUUAGGGGAAGAUGGACCAGUUGAAGGCCUUGGACUGGCAGGGGACAUUGGUGCAGGAUUUAGAAAAGCUGCUACUACAGUGUCAAAAGAGUCCGUGGCAUCUGUGAAACCAACAAGUACCACGUCUAAAGCAAAAACAAGCAAAAUUAUUAUACUGCUAGCCACCACCAUGCCUAAUUUCACUAAAACAGUUACUACUACAAUAGCCACUGUGAUUAAGCCAUCAGCAACAACCAGAACAAUUAUCACGUCAAAACCAACAACUACCACUGCUAAGCCAACCACUACCACUGCUAAGCCAACCACUACCACUGCUAAGCCAACCACUACCACUGCUAAGCCAACCACUACCACUGCUAAACCAACCACUACCACUGCUAAGCCAACCACUACCACUGCUAAGCCAACCACUACCACUGCUAAGCCAACCACUACCACUGCUAAGCCAACCACUACCACUGCUAAACCAACCACUACCACUGCUAAACCAACCACUACCACUGCUAAAACCACUACCACUGCUAAACCAACUACCACUAAGCCAACCACUACCACUGCUAAACCAACUACUACCACUCCUAAGCCAACCACUACCACUGCUAAACCAGUCACUGCUAACCCUAACUCUACCACUGCUAAACCAACCACUACCACUGCUAAACUAACCAUUACCACUCCAACUGUGACUAUGACUACUACUACGACUGCUACUACUACUACUACUAAACCAACAACUACAGCUACUAAUCCCACCACUACCUCUACUAAGCCAACAAGAACCACUGUCACUACUAAGCCAACAACUACUACAACAGCAGCUGCAGGACAUUUUGCCACCAUUGCUUCUGUGAACCCUGCACCAAAAGACAGCAGGCAGCCUAAUCCAGCAAAACCAAACCUGAAGGCUGCUUCUGAGCAGGCUGAGAUCUUACAGGAUGGAAUGAAAAGUGGUCUGAUAGCUGCCUUGGUAUUUGGAGUGGUGUUCAUGGCAUUGGUGGUGGCCCUACAGAGCCAAAAGGUCAUAGAGUCUUUCAAGCGAAGACAUUACUCCAGGGUGGAUUACCUGGUCAAUGGGAUGUAUAUUGAUACAUGAACAGAUUCAAAGCUUAAUGACUGUCAUAGGAGAACCUUAUUUUAGAAGGGAUAUUUUAUUACAUUUUGAGAGACUUUUUCAGAGCCCCCUUUUAACACUAGAACGGUUAUACUCAUACCUAAAACCACCACCGGCAGUCAUCAUAACAGUUACAUUUUAAACACC